AUGAAAGCUGUACUUGAGGACCUGAAGGACAAGGAUCUCCUGGCUUCCAAGUCUGGUAGUCUAAGAAGAGAUGAGACUUGUGCUCGUGUGGCUGACGCUGCAUACGGGGAGAGGUGCCCCACACCUUCUCGUCUGCAGCGUCUGGCACUUUCAGCUGCUCAGUGCGCUCAGACACUUUGUGUUCCGGAGGAAUGCGCUAUUAUAAAGAUGGUUGAAAACAGACUUGCGGAGUGCGUCGGACAUCCGGACUAUUUCAAUGAUACCGCAGUGUGUAGGAGAACCUGGGACAACAUCACGUGCUGGCCGUCCGCGUCCGUCGGAGAAGUUGUCGUGCUGCAAUGUCCGGAAUACUUUUUCUUCUUCGGCACCACCAAUGGGAAUGUUUCCAAGAACUGCACCAGCGAUGGAUGGUCGGCAAUGUACCCCUCAGCGUACACGAUCGCCUGUGGAUAUUCAACCAAUGACACGCCGGCCGAGCAGCAGACUGUUUUUUAUGGAACGAUAAAGACGGGUUACACGAUCGGACACAGUGUGUCUCUGACCUCCCUCACUGCGGCCAUGAUCAUCCUCUGUCUCUUCAGGAAGCUGCAUUGUACCCGGAAUUACAUCCACAUGCACCUGUUCAUGUCCUUUAUCAUGAGAGCCAUCGCGGUCUUCAUCAAGGACUUCGUCCUCUUUGAGAGCGGGGAAUCGGAUCACUGCUUUGACGGAUCGGCCGGAUGUAAAGCUGCAGUGGUGUUUUUCCAGUACUGCAUCAUGGCCAACUUCUUCUGGCUCCUGGUUGAAGGCCUUUAUCUCCACACUCUGCUCGUCAUCUCCUUCUUCUCGGAGAAAAAGUAUUUCUGGUGGUACAUUCUUAUCGGAUGGGGUGCGCCCUCUGUAUUCAUCUCAGCGUGGGCCCUAUCGAGAAUUUACUUUGACAAUUCAGGGUGCUGGGACAUGAUCGAGUCCCACCUCUGGUGGAUCAUCAAGACUCCAAUUUUGGUCUCCAUAUUGGUCAAUUUCAUCCUUUUCAUCUGCAUCAUCAGGAUUCUGGUCCAGAAGCUGCACUCUCCGGACGUCGGGAGGAACGAAAACAGUCAAUAUACGAGGCUGGCCAAGUCAACUCUUCUGCUAAUUCCCCUCUUCGGAGUUCAUUACAUCAUGUUCGCCUUCUUCCCCGACAACUUCAAGUGGGAAGUCAAACUAGUCUUUGAGCUCAUCCUUGGAUCCUUCCAGGGCUUUGUGGUGGCGAUCCUGUAUUGCUUCCUGAAUGGAGAGGUUCAAGCCGAGUUAAAAAGGAAAUGGAGGCGGUGGAAUCUCGAGAGGUUCAUGGGAAAGGAUAUGAAGUACCACCACCCAUCACAAGGCAGCAACGGAACCAACUUCAGCACCCAAAUCUCCAUGUUGACCAAAAGCAGCCCAAAGACGAGGAGAUGUUCCAGUUCCCAGGCGGAGUUUUCCUCGGUCUGAAGCCGGAAAAGUCAUUGCGGAACUGGCGAGCGAGACAUUGUGCCCAAAUGUGUGCUC